GCCAGGUUUGCGGAGGCGCCCGAGGAGAGUGGCGGAGCUGAGAUUUCGGGCGGCGCUGGCGGGGCGGGAGAGGCCCGGCUAAGUUUGCUGGCGCUGGAGCGGGCUCGCCUGCGCGAUCGGCCAGCCUGACGUCCCGACGGCGCUGCGCCCCGGCUGAGCACCGGCCCCCGCCCCUUCCCGCCGCCGCCGCCCCCCCCCCCCCAGCAGCAGCAGCAGCAGCAGGCCGAGGGAGGGCGCGUCCGGCCAGCUCGCCCGCGGACUAGUCGUCGCGCCUCUGCCGGGCUCCCGGCGGGAGAUGGGAGAGGCCAGGGCUCCGAGGGCCCCCGGCGGCCGUGGCACGGGGCGCUGGGCCCGCCUGGCGCUGGUCUUCGCCGCCGCGCUGCUGGGCGUGUCCCAGGCUUCCAAAGGCCGGGAGGAGGCCUCGUUCCCGGAAGACACAGAAUCAGAGGCCCUGAGCCGGCGCUGGAGAAGCUACGUUGAUCUUUCUGAUGAUGAAGACCUGCUGGCGGAUGAGGCCUCUGGAGAUGGGAACGGCAGCGGGGAGAAUGGCAGCGGCACCGCCCACCCCUUCACCCCCACAGUCUACUUCCGGGCCUUGGUGAAUUUCACAAAGUCUGUCGACUACACCCCACGCCUGGACGAUGUCAACUCGGAGGAGUUUCAGGAUAUCUCCAAAGCCGUAGUGGAUACGCUGGAGUCCGAAUACUACAAGAUCCCUGGAGAGCAAAUGGUCAGCGUGGUCUUCAUCAAGGAGAUCAAUGGCUACAUCUUUGUGGAGCUGGACGUGGGCUCUGAGGGGAAUGUGGACGAAGAGCAGAUCCGCCAGGUGCUUUAUUCGGUCAUCGAGAGCGGCUCCAUCGCUUCCUACGUCACCUCAACGUGGGGCUUCCAGUUCCGCCGCCUGGGAGCAGUGACCCCUGAGGUGCGCGCCUGCACGGCUGAGGAGUUUUCUUGCCGCAGCGGAGAGUGUGUAGCCAGAGAGUUCCUCUGCGACCGCCGCCCGGAUUGCCGGGACAUGUCGGAUGAGCUUGACUGUGCUCACCUGACACCCCUGGAAUGUGCGCACGACGAGUUCACCUGUGACAGUGGGGAAUGCGUGCCCCUGGCGUCCCACUGCGACGGACACCCUGACUGUGGAGACGCCUCCGAUGAGGAUGGCUGCGAUGGGGAAGGAGUGCUGACCCCUCCGGCGGUAGUCACCCCCCCACGGCCAGCCACCACCCGGACUCCGGCCACCACUCUGCCGGUCACCUCUCGCCGGCCGCCGGCCACCAUUCCGCCUCGCAUCGUCACUUCCAAGCCCCUGCUGACCCCGGAAGUGCGCCCCUGCCGGAAGGACGAGGCUGUCUGCAGCAACAAGCAGUGCAUCUUGCGGGAGUACCUGUGCGACGGCGAGAGAGACUGCCAGGACGGCAGCGACGAGCUGAACUGCGGCACCCCCAUUCCCUGUGAGCCCAACGAGUUCAAGUGCCGCAACGGUCAUUGCGCCCUCAAGCUGUGGCGGUGUGACGGGGACAACGACUGCGGGGACGGCUCUGAUGAACUGAACUGCCCCACGAAGGGGCCCAGUGACACCUGCGGCCCUGACCAGUUCAUCUGCGUCUCCAGCCACACCUGCAUCCCCGCCAGCUACCAGUGUGACGAGGAGCCCGACUGCUCGGACCACUCCGAUGAGAUUGGCUGCACUCCCCCGCAGGUGAUCACCCCCCCUGAGGAGUCCAUCCAGGCUGCCCCCGGGGAGACGGUGCGCUUCACCUGCGUGGCCGUGGGCGUGCCCACCCCCAUCAUCACCUGGAGGCUCAACUGGGGCCACAUCCCCACCAGCCGCAGGGUGUCCAUCACCAGUGAGAACGGCCGCGGGGCCCUGGUCAUCCGGGACGUCAAGGAGGCUGACCAGGGCGCCUACACCUGUGAGGCCAUCAAUGCCCGUGGGAUGGUGUUUGGCAUUCCCGAUGGGGUGUUGAGCCUCACACCUGGGCAAGGGCCUUGCCCCGAGGGGCACUUCCACCUCGAGGGGACCUCCCAGUGUCUGUCCUGCUUCUGCUUCGGCAUCACCAAGGCCUGCCACAGCACCAGCCGCCACCGCGGCCAGAUCCGCCUGCGCUUCGACGUGCCUGACGACUUCAAAGGUGUGAACGUGACGACGCCCUCCCAGCCUGGCACGCCCCCCCUCUCCUCCACGCAGCUGCAGAUCGACCCCAGCUUGCAGGAGUUCCAGCUGGUCGAUCUCUCUCGCCGCUUCUUGGCACAGGACUCUUUCUGGACGCUGCCCAGCCAGUUCCUGGGGAACAAGGUGGAUUCCUACGGUGGCUACCUCAGCUACAAGGUGCGCUACGGCCUGGCCCGUGGCCAUUCGGAGCCGGUGCACAAGCCCAACGUCGUCAUUGUGGGCAACGGGCAGAAACUCGUCUACCGCGUGCAGGUGCCCACGCAGCCGCUAGUGGUGAACCAGCGCCAGGUCCAGUUUAUUGAGGAGAACUGGCAGAAGGAGUCGGGUGCUCCAGCGAACCGUGAAGAUUUGCUGCUAGUUCUGCAGAACCUGGAGGCCGUCAUGAUCCAGACUGUCCACGAUAACCGGAUGGCCAGCGUGGGCCUCAGCGACAUUGUGAUGGACACCACCACCACAGAGACCACGGGCCUGGGCGUGGCACACGCCGUCGAACAGUGCAGGUGCCCCGUUGGCUACUCCGGCCUUUCGUGUGAGCGGUGUGACGCCCAGUUCAAGCGUGUGCCUGGCGGACGCUACCUGGGCACCUGUUCUGGCUGCAGCUGCAAUGGCCACUCCACCUCCUGUGACCCGGUGUUGGGACAUUGCCUGAACUGCCGGCAUAACACGGAAGGGCCUCAGUGUAACCACUGCAAACCAGGGUUUUUCGGUGAUGCCACUAAGGGCACCACCACUGCCUGCCGCCCGUGCCCCUGCCCCUACACCGAAGCCCCCCGCAGAUUUUCCAACACCUGCUUCCUGGACACAGAUGGGCAGGCCACUUGUGACGCCUGUGCCCCUGGCUACACGGGCCGCCGCUGCGAACGAUGUGCUCCUGGGUAUGAAGGAAACCCCAUCCAGCCAGGUGGGGCGUGCGUCAGGAUUGGGCAGGAGAUCGUCCGGUGCGACGAGCGGGGCAGCCGAGAGGCCUCUGAUGGUGCCUGCCGCUGCAAGCCCAACGUCAUGGGCCGCCUUUGCAACGAGUGUGCCAGCGGGACUUUCCACCUCAGCCAGAAGAAUCCAGAGGGCUGCCUGAAGUGCUUCUGUAUGGGGGUCUCUCGCCAGUGUGCCAGCUCCUCCUGGCACAGGGACCAGGUCCAAGUGACAUACGAGGAUGCUGAGACGGGGCAGUUCACUCUCUCCAACUUGGCCAACACUCGGACAGUCAGCGAGGGGAUCCGCUUCGUGGGCCUUUCAGAACUGACCUUCUCUUCCUUCCACACCGUGCCACGUGACGUGUACUACUGGGUGCUCCCCGAGCGCUUCAAGGGAGACAAGGUGACUUCGUACGGGGGAGAGCUGCGCUACACCAUCCUGCACACCGCCGCUCCUGGCUCCCCGCUGCUCCGUGCCCAGCCAGAUGUGCUGCUUCAGGGGAACGGCAUCUUCCUGGAGCAUGUGGGGAAAGCAACCCCCACGUCUGGAACACCCACCUCUUUCACGGUGCCCUUCCGGGAGCAAGCCUGGCGUCGUGCUGAUGGGCAGAAUGCCACCCGUGAACACCUCCUCAUGGCACUGGCAGACAUAGAUGUUUUCAUGAUUCGGGCCUCCUACUCUGAGCGGCCAUCAGAGAGCAGGAUCUCAGGCAUCCACCUGGACGUGGCCGUCCCCCAUUCCACGGGGCUGGACGCAGCGGUGGAAGUGGAGGACUGCACCUGCCCACCAGGCUACCGAGGCCCUUCGUGCCAGGACUGUGACGUCGGCUACACACGGACCACCAGCGGCCUCUACCUGGGCACCUGUGAGCCCUGUGACUGCAACGAGCACGCAAGGGAGUGUGACGCCCAGACUGGAGACUGCCAGAGCUGCCAGCACCACACGGAGGGCCCCCGGUGCGAACGCUGCCAGCCAGGCUUUUAUGGGGACGCCAGGCGCGGGAGCCCCGGAGACUGCCAGCCGUGCCCGUGCCAUGGGCCUUACUCUGCCAGCCAGGCCACCAAGACAUGCUUCCUGGACACAGAUGGGCAGCCCACGUGUGACUCCUGCCACCCUGGCUAUCUUGGCCGUCAAUGUGAAAGGUGUGCUUCUGGCUACCUUGGCAAUCCGGCCUUGGGCCAGCCCUGCAGAGAACCCGGGGCCAAGUGCCAGUGUGACCCUUUGGGCAGCCUCAGCAGCCAGUGUGAUGCCAGUGGGCAGUGCCAGUGUAAGGCCCACGUGGAAGGCCCCUCCUGCAGCAUCUGCCGGGCCCACCACUUCCACCUGAGCGCGGAGAGCCGGGAUGGCUGCCUGCCCUGUUUCUGCAUGGGGGUCACUCAGCAGUGCACCAGCUCCUCCUACUACCGGGACCUGGUCACCAGCCCCUUCCUCCCCGAGAACACUCAGGGGGUCGCUCUGGUCAACCGUCAGCACAACACCCGCAUCCAGACAGGCUUCACCGUGGAGCGGACGUCCGAGGGUCCUCAGCUCUCCUACGGCCGUUUUGGGCAGCUGGGGCAGGAGUCCUUCUACUGGCAACUGCCGGACGUCUACCUGGGAGACAAGGUCGGCUCCUAUGGGGGACGCCUUCGAUACACCCUUUCCUACGACACUGGAGGAAGAGGCUCUCCGCUGCCGGAUCCCAACGUGCAGAUCACCGGCAACGAUAUCACGCUGGUGGCUUACAUGCCUGAGCUGCAGCCCCGUGAACUCAAGAACUUUGAGGUCGUCUUCCGGGAGCAACACUGGAAGCGGCCAGACGGGCAGCCGGCCACCCGUGAGCACCUGAUGAUGGCCCUGGCCGACCUGGACGAGAUCCUCAUCCGGGCCACCUACUCCUCUGACAUGCUCUCAGCCGGCAUCACUGGCCUCAGCCUGGAGACGGCCGUGCCCACCUACACCAGCCUGCCACGGGCGCUGGAGGUGGAAGAGUGUCGCUGCCCUCCAGGGUACCAGGGCCUCUCCUGCCAGGACUGUGCAGCUGGCUACACUCGGACUGGGGGUGGGCUCUACCUGGGCCACUGCGCGUUGUGUGAGUGCAAUGGACACUCGGACACCUGCCAUCCGGAGACGGGUGCCUGUUCAAGCUGCCUCCACAACGCUGGUGGGGAAUUCUGCGAGCAGUGUGCCCCCGGCUUCUAUGGAGAUGCCACUGCCGGCACCCCGGAAGACUGCCAGCCAUGCGCCUGCCCACUGCUCAAUCCUGAGAACCAAUUCUCGCGGACGUGUGAGAGUCUGGGGGCUGGAGGCUAUCGCUGCACGGCCUGUGAGCCUGGCUACACUGGCCAAUACUGCGAGCAGUGUGCCCCAGGGUACGUAGGGAACCCCAACAUCCGUGGCCAGAGGUGUGUUCAUCUGGGUGGUCCAGACCAGCCUCCGCUCCUUGUUCAGGUGCACCCCCCACGCACGGCAGUGGCUCAGGGGACUGAGGUCACACUUCACUGCCAGGUCAGCGGCCGCCCUCCUCAUUAUUUCUACUGGUCCCGGGAAGACGGGCGUCCCGUGUCAGGCACCGCCCAGCGUAGGCAUCAAGGUGAGGAGCUCCACUUCCCCAGCGUCCAGCCCUCCGAGGCGGGGGUCUACAUUUGCACCUGCCGCAAUCCACAUUACAGCAACAGCAGCCGGGCCGAAGUCAUUGUCACAGAAGUGCCUAGCAGGCCCAUCAUGGUGACCGUGGAGGAGAAGAAGGUACAGACUGUCCAGCCAGGGGGCGACGUCACCUUCAUCUGCACAGCAAAGAGCAAGUCUCCCGCCUACACGCUGGUGUGGACGCGGCAGAAUCACGGCAAGCUGCCCAGCCGGGCCAUGGACUUCAAUGGCAUCCUCACCCUCCGCAACGUGCAGCCUCAGGAUGCCGGCAUCUACGUCUGCACCGGCUCCAACAUGUUUGACAUGGAUGAGGGCAUCGCCACCCUCUAUGUGCCAGCUCCGUCUAAGACUCAGAUGUUCUUUGGACCUGUAGAAGUGCUGGAAGGCCACAGUCCCUCUGGGUCUGCCGCACCCCCGAUGGCCACGAUCCAGCCCUCGCAGCUGAGUGUCCAGCCGGGGCAGCCUGCUGAGUUCCGCUGCGUUGCUACAGGAAACCCCCAGCCCACAGUGGAAUGGAUAGGUGGGCAAGGGGGCGUGAUUUCCCCCAGGGCGCUGAUCCAGGGAGGGAUCCUGCGCUUCCCGGCCGUGGAGCCUUCGGAUGAGUCGCAGUAUUUGUGCCGUGUGCGGAACAGCGCUGGGCAGCACAUCGCUCGGGCCUUCUUGCAAGUGCAGAGUGCUGGCGUACCUCAGGUGCAGGUGAGCCCUGAGCGCACGGAGGUGCAGGAGGGCAGCACAGUGCGGCUGUAUUGCCGGGCUGCUGGAUCCCCCGCUGCCACCAUCACCUGGGAGAAGCAAGGGGGCCGACUGCCACCACAGUCUCGUGCAGAGAGGACGGACAUCGGCACCCUGGUGAUCCCCUCCAUUACUGUCGCAGACGGCGGGGUCUACCUUUGUGUGGGGAGCAGCGCAGCAGGAGUCGGCCAAGCACGGAUCGAAGUGGAGGUCACCCGAGCCUCAGGUGCUCCUCCUGCCGUGAGAAUUGAGUCAUCGUCACCGCUGGUCAUCGAAGGUCAGACUCUGGAUCUGAACUGCAUCGUGGCGGGCCAAGAAUCUGGGACUGUGACGUGGUACAGGCGAGGAGGGUCCCUGCCAGCCAGCCACCAGGUCUAUGGGCCACAGCUGCGGCUCCUGCACAUUUCUGCUGCCGACUCUGGUGAAUACGUCUGCCGGGUUAGCAAUGGGGCUGGUCCCAAGGAAGCCUUCAUCGCUGUGACCGUCCAACAGGCCUCCAGCUCUACGCAGGGUGAGGCUCCCCAGAAGCGACUGCUGGCUCUGGACGGCGGUGGGGGUUCCACCAGGGGCCAUCUGGACUCAGGCUGUGUCUCUUGCCUUGCCAGAGGCCUCUCCAGUCCGGUGAUCGGGACUCUCAGUCAUUGGCCAUCCCUCCGGCUCUCCCUCGGGGAGGGGACAGUGGUGAUUCUCCUCGUGGUCCUGAACUGCCACGUUGCUGGACAGUCGGCACCCAGAGUGACGUGGUACAAGCGUGGGGGGGCGCUCCCUGCCAAUCACCAGAUUUCUGGCUCCCACCUGCGGAUCCCUCAGGCCUCGGCUGCCGACUCUGGCGAGUACGUGUGCCGGGUGAGCGGUGGUGGCACCGUCCGCGAGGCCUCUGUUGUGGUCACCAUCUACAGCACCACCCAAACCUCAGGGAUCACCCCUCCAGUGAGGAUCGAGUCUCCGUCCCCGUCUCUGGUGGAAGGGCAGGCCCUGGAUCUCCACUGCGUCGUCGCUGGCCAGCCAGGCGCCACUGUCACCUGGUACAAGCGAGGCGGAGCCCUGCCAGCCAAUCACCAGGUCUCCGGCUCCCACCUGCGCAUCCCCCAGGCCUCCCCUGCGGACUCCGGGGAGUACGUCUGCCACGUCAGCUUGGACUCUGUCAUCCGAGAAGCCUCGGUCAUUGUCGGCAGGGCUGGCUCCUCCUCCGCCCUGGACAUCACCCCCUCCAUGAAGAUCGAGGCUUCCACCCCUCACGUGGCUGAAGGACAAACCCUGGAGCUGGACUGCACAGCUGCCCACCAGGAGCAAGCCACGGUGACGUGGUACAAGCGCGGCGGGUCCCUGCCAGCCAGCCACCAGACCUUCGGCUCCCGCCUGCUGCUGGUGCAGGUCUCCCCAGCGGAUUCCGGAGAAUACGUUUGCCGCCUCAGCCACGGCUCCACCGCCCAGGAGGCCUCUGUGCUUGUCAGCAUCCGGCAGGACGGCAUCGACUCCUUCCCCCCCGGUGUGACUCCUCCAGUGCGAAUUGAGUCAUCCUCCACCUCCCCUGCCGAGGGGCACACACUGGACCUGACGUGCAUUGCAGCAAACCCCUCGCGGGCCACAGUGGUGUGGUACAAGCGAGGAGGGCCCCUCCCCUCCAACCACCAGGUCUCCGGCUCCUUGCUGCGCAUCCCCCAGGCCUCGACGGCUGACUCCGGGGAGUACGUCUGCCGUGUCAGCAACGGCACAACGGUCCACGAGGCCUCCCUCGUGGUCACCAUUCGAGGCGGCCCAGGCUCCUCUUACUCUGUGGGUGUCACCCCCCCAAUACGGAUCGAGACCUCGUCUUCCUCUGUUGUCGAGGGACAGACGGUGGAUCUGAAUUGCUUGGUUGCGGGCCAGUCUCAACCCCAGGUCAUGUGGUACAAGCGAGGUGGGGCCCUGCCCGUCAACAGCCAGGAUCCUGCACCUGCAGGCCUCCGGGGAGUGGCACUCCAGGAGAGUACUGCGUUUACACGCUGCGUGAAUGACUCUGCUACCAAGCACUUCCUGGAAGCUCCUCCGGUCAUUGUGUCCGUCCCCAGCAGCGCUGCCUCCACUUACACAUCCGGCAUUGUCCCACCAGUGAGGAUUGAAUCCUCGUCCUCAUCUCUCAUUGAGGGACAGACCUUGGAGCUGAACUGCCUGGUUGCCGGUCAGGUGCAUCCCAAAGUCACAUGGUUCAAGCUAAGAGAGGGGAGGUAGACCUUCCCAGCCAAAUCACUAGAAUGCCAGGUUGUGGGCACCCGCCUGCGCAUCCCACAGGUCUCCUCGGCCAAUUCUGGAGAAUACGUCUGUCGCAUCAGCAGCGCUGCGGUCACCCAGGAGGCUGUGCUGGUGGUCACGAUCCAAGACAGCGAUGGGCGUCCUGCUGCCGCCGCUCGCCCGCUGAGGAUCGAGCCUUCGUCGCCCUCCAUUGUUCAGGGACAGACCUUAGAUCUGACCUGCAUUGCCCCAGGCCAGCCACACGCCACGUUCACCUGGCAUCGCCGAGGGGGCGUUCUGCCUGCCAGUCACCAGGUCUCCAAUUCCCACCUGAGGCUGGUCGACCUCAGCCCAGCUGACUCUGGCGAAUACGUGUGCCGCGAGCACGGCCCCGCUGCCCCCCGGGAGGCCUCCUUGGUGGUCUCUGUGCCGGCCGUCACCAGCGCCGCUUCCCGUCUCCAGAGCCCCAUCAUCUCCAUCGAGCCCCACAGCACUGCGGUGCGCCAAGGGGAGGACGUCGCCUUCAAGUGCCGCAUCCAUGACGGUGCCCAGCCCAUUGAGAUCACCUGGAAGCUGCCCAACAACCAGCUGUCAGAUAAUGUGAAGAUCAGCCCCAAUGGCUCUGUGGUCUUCAUCGCCAAUGCACGCCCCCAGAACCAGGGGAGCUACCGCUGCGUGGCCUCCAACCGCUUUGGGAUAGCCAACAGUGUGGUCAACCUGAUGGUACAAGGGCAGCCGACUGUCUCGGUGGUGCCCAAAGGCCCCAUCCAGAUGAAGGUGGGCAAAUCCUUCAGUGUGGACUGCCAGGGCACAGGUGAGCCCCGCCCACUGGUGCGCUGGAGCAAGCUGGGUGUCCGGCACAAGGUGGAGAACCAGUAUCCUGUGCCUCUGGAGAGCCGAUCCGUUUUGAAGGUCUUCUCUGCGCAGCUGGAAGAUGCCGGGACAUACGUGUGCCUGGCUCAGAAUGCCCUCGGGAUGGCAGAAGCACAGGUAGAAGUGAGUGUGGAGAGUGUCCACGGGAAACCGGGGGCACCUGAGGUCGUCGUGAGCCCCACCCAGACAGUGGUCAUUGGACAGACUGCCAGGCUCCACUGCUCUGCAACAGGGGAUCCCGUUCCCACCAUCCAGUGGUCCAAGCUGAGGGCGCCCCUGCCCUGGCAGCAUCGGGUGGUGAACGACACCCUGGUCGUCCCCCGGGUGGCUCAGCAGGAUUCCGGGCAGUACAUCUGCAACGCCAGCAACGCAGCCGGCUUCACAGAGACCUUCGUCAUGCUGGACGUGGAGUCACCCCCGUAUGCCACCAGCCUCCCGGAUUCGGCAUCCGUACGGGCAGGUGAAGUGGUGCAGUUCCAGUGCCUGGCCCACGGCACCCCGCCACUGCGCUACGAGUGGUCCAAGGUGAACAGCAGCCUCCCUGGCCACGCCGUGGUGCGUGAGGCUGUCCUGCAAAUCCAUCCUGCCACCCCCCAGGACUCGGGCACCUACCGCUGCCUCGUCAGCAAUCGGGUGGGCUCCGCUGAGGCGCUGGCGCAGGUCCGGGUGCAAGGCCCAGCUGGAGGACUCCCCUCUGUCCAGAUCUCCCCCCAGAGUGACACAAAGGCUCUGGGGGGCGUGGCAGAGUUCGCGUGCUCAGCUGCUGGAGACCCCCAGGCACAGAUCGAGUGGCUUAAAGAGGAUGCAGAGCUGCCCCCCAACCACAGCAUCAGGAAUGGAGUCCUUCGGCUCGAGAAGCUGGACCGGGGGUGCCAAGGCGUGUACAUCUGCCGGGUCAGCAGCCCCUUGGGCCAGGCCGAGGGCAGGGCCAGGCUGACUGUGCAGGCACUGCCCAAAGUGAUGAUCAAUAUCCGGACGACGGAGCAGAUGGUGCUGGCGGGCAACGCGGUGGAGUUUGAGUGCCUGGCCUUUGGGGACCCCAAGCCGCACGUCACCUGGAGCAAAGUAGGCGGUCGGAUGCGGCCAGAGGUGCUGGUGAGCGGCAGCAUGGUGAAAAUCGAGCGGGUGGAGCAGGCUGACGCCGGCAAGUACCGCUGCACCGCCACCAAUGACGUUGGCACCGUCCAGUCGCACGUCAUCCUCCACGUCCAGUCCAUCCCCCAGAUAGCCACCCAGCCGGAGCUGAAGGAAGUCACUGCUGGGUCCAAGGUGGUCUUCCCCUGCCUGGCCUCCGGCUUCCCGGUUCCAGACAUCUCAUGGACCAAGAUAGAAGGAGACCUCCCCAAAGACGUCCUUCUGGAAGGCAACGUCCUGACCAUCCCAGCAGCCCGGCCAGAGGACAUGGGCAUCUACGUCUGCACGGCCUCCAACCGGCAGGGGAAAGUGACAGCGUUCUCCGUGCUAAAAGUGCGAGAGAGGGUGGUGCCAUAUUUCACCCAGAACCCGCAGUCCUACCUCGUCCUGCCGACCAUGAAAGACGCCUAUAAGACGUUUGCCAUUGAGAUCACUUUUCGACCAGACACACCUGACGGGAUGCUGGUCUACAACGGACAGAAGAAGAACACGGGCACUGACUUCAUGUCCUUUGGCCUGGUGGGGGGCCGUCCAGAACUCAGGUUUGAUGCCGGCUCCGGCAUGGCCACCAUCCGCCAUCCCUCGAUCAUCAGGCUCGGCGAGUUCCACACGAUCCGACUCUACCGCAAUCUCACGCAGGGCUCCCUGGUGCUGGACCAUCACCCCCCGGUGAACGGCACGUCUCAGGGCAAAUUCCAAGGCCUGGAUUUAAACGAGGGGCUGUACUUGGGCGGGUAUCCAAACUACGCUGCCGUCUCCAAGACCGGCCUCAGCAGCGGCUUCAUUGGAUGUAUCCGACAGAUGAUUAUCCAAGGGAAGGAGGUGAUCUUCAAAGACUAUGACUUGCAAGCCCACGGGGUGUCAAAUUGUCCCACCUGCCAGGACCGACCAUGCCAGAACGGAGGGGUCUGCGUGGACUCAGAGAGCAGCAGCUACAUCUGCACGUGUCCUGAGGGAUUUGCGGGCAGCAACUGCGAGCACUCACAAGCCCUGCGCUGUCACCCAGAGGCCUGCGGCCCUGAUGCCACCUGCGUGAACCAGCCCAGCGGCCGAGGGUACAGCUGCAAGUGCCUCCUGGGCAAACAUGGGGAGAAGUGCAUGGCAGGCACCACGGUGACCACGCCAUACUUCCACGGAGGGGAUGCCUUUGUCUCCUACCCACCCCUCACCAACAUCCACUACGAACUGCGCGUGGACGUUGAAGUCAAGCCGCUCUCCCCUGACGGCCUCAUCCUCUUCAGCGGGGGCAACGGUUCCCCGGUGGCGGACUUCGUCUCUCUUGGCAUGGCUAAUCGGCACGUGGAGUUCCGCUACGAGCUGGGGUCAGGCACAGCCGUUCUCCGGAGCAUGAAGCCCCUCGAGCUGGCCCAGUGGCACAAGAUCACGGCGGAGCGCUUAAACAAAGACGGCUCCCUGCAGGUGGACGAGGAGAGGCCUGUGAAAAGGUCCUCACCCGGCAAAAGUCAGGGCUUGAACCUGCGCACCUCUAUGUACCUGGGCGGUGUGGACGACACCAUCCAGCUGCCAGCCGCUGCCAACGUCAGCAGCCACUUCUACGGCUGCAUUGGGGAGGUUUCCAUCAACGGGAAGAAGGUGGACAUCUCGUACAGCUUCCUGGAGAGCCGCGGCGUCUCCCAGUGCUACGACAGCUCCCCCUGCGAUCGCAGGCCGUGCCAACACGGGGGCAAGUGCCUGCCCACCGGCGAGUACGAAUUCCAGUGCCUGUGCCAGGAGGGCUACAAGGGAGAGCGCUGUGAAGAGUCAGAGGGCCACUGCCGGCUCCCACAUCCCUGCCUCAACGGGGGCACGUGUCAGGAUGCAGCGUGUGUUUGCCUCCCGGGCUUCUUGGGCGUAUACUGUGAACAUGAUGCAAGACAGCACCACCUGAAUGUCGAGUGGACGCUGGAAGGCAGUGGGGGAAACGAUGCCCCAGGACAAUAUGGCGCCUACUUCCAUGACAGUAGCUACAUGGCACUUCCGUGGCACGCCUUCCCCAGGAGCCUCCCUGACUCCCCAGAGACCAUAGAGUUGGAAGUGCGCACCAGCUCUCCGAGUGGGCUUCUCCUCUGGCAGGGUGUGGAGGAAGGGGAGAGUGGGAAGGCCAAGGACUUCGUCAGCCUGGGGCUGAAAGACGGGCACCUGGUGUUUAGCUUUCAGCUCGGCAGUGGGGAAGCCAACAUCCUGUCUGAGGACCCCGUGGAUGAUGGCGAGUGGCACAAGGUGACGGCCAUCCGGGAAGGGAAGAGAGGCUUCCUUCAGGUUGACGGGGAGGAAACGGUAUCUGGGGAAUCUCCUGGCAAAAACGUCAUGGUGAAUGCCAAAGGUCGCGUUUACAUAGGAGGAGCACCUGACAUCCAAACCUUGACUGCGGGCAAGUACAUCUCAGGACUCACCGGGUGCGUUAAAAACGUGGUGCUGGCCAACAGCAGGCCGGGCGAGCACCCUCAGCAGCCGGUGGACCUCCAUCACCACUCGGAGGCCAGCCGGGACAUCCAGGAAUGCCCCUCGUAGGCCCGGCCGGCCUCUCCCGCACUCCUCGCUGUCCUCGUCAUCAGGCCAACCCAGAGACAUCUGUUGUUAUUAUUAUUAUUUUAUUAUUAUGAUUUUUUAAAGAAACAAAAAUGGUGCUUUGCUGCUACCAAAAAAUGUGUGAGGGGAAGUUGGUUUGUGUUGUGUAAGUGACAGACCAACAGGCCAGUUGUGCCCCCCGCCCCCCCAGCCCUCACCAGGAAGGAGAGAGGCGGCUCAGCAGUGGACGUCGGGAUCCGGAGAGCUGCGCUGGGGAGUGAAGGACUGGGACGGUGCUGCCCCUGACGGCGGCAGCUCGAGCACUUGGAGGACUCCCGGAGAGGCAUGCUCAGAGGACUCACCCUGCAGCCUCUCCUCGGGGCGUGGGGACCCCGGGGCUUCUCCGCUUCAGCUGCGGGGCUGGGCCAGGCGCGUCACAACCAAAGAUUACCCCCUUCUCUAGGGAGAAGGGCUGUUCCUGCCCCCCAGGAAAGGACUGAGCUCCUGCUCCUGAGUCUCUGCAGCCUCGGCCACCCUAGCCAGGUCAGGUCAGGCUUGCUGCAGGCGGUGGGGAAAUGGAGCGACGUCCGAUCCACGCAACCCCCAGCACUCUUGCAGCAUCGCUGUUCGUGGGGCCGGUUCCUGAGCUUUCUGUGCUUGUCACACUGUCCCUUCCCUGCCCCAAAUGACCUCAGCAUCGUGUGGAUCAGGGCUGGGCGAUGGCCUUCCUCCCCUUGGAUUCCUGCAGCGACCCAGAGAGCGCCACGCGAGGCCUGCCUGCUGCAGGGGCAGCCACGUACUGCACGUGGGAUUGCCCUGGGCGGGGGCCUGCAAGCUCCGCCAGGGACUCCUGGCUGUGUCCAAGGCUGCGAGGCAGAGCCAGGUCUUGUGGUGCCUUCCCUUCCCCACCAAGCCCCACCCCUCAAGUUUCUUCAGUGCCUUGUUUGGGGUGGGACCCUCCAAUGGACCCUCCAAUUCCUUAGCAGCAGACAGACCCCGAAUUACAGCCAGCCCCACAUGACCCCCAGCUUUGGAGGGCUUAGACAGGGGGCUCUCCUUGGACCCAGCUGGCUGCCUGUGGUUGGCACAGAGGGGCAGGGCGUUUUGGGCCAUCCACUUCAAUAGGAGUUGGAAACAGCUGUUCUCCCUGCAGGAGCCCCUCCCUGCUGUGAACCAACAGGCAGAGGUUCCUUUCCAGAGUUUCAGGGAGGGGAGCUCUCUGUGUGGGGAUAUAGCCUUAGCCACUGAAGACUGGGGGUUCCUACCUCCAGGGCCCCCUGAGAUCUUGCAGGAACCGAGGGGGGCAAACUGAAGCAGAGCACAAGCUUUGACCAAAAUGACCCCCCCUCCCAGCCCUCUCCCAGCACCUGGGGCCUCGUGUCUGCUGCCAAUGACAAGCAGCCUGGAGCUCCCACGGAUUCGGGCUCGCAGGGUCCCUCCUCCCCACGUCCCAUUCUGCUUGUGGCUUGUUUUGGACUGGAUGUACCUCUCCAACGAGCACCGGCUCCCCUGCCUGGCCCACCUUCCCCAAGGAUCAGAACACUGCCUGGGAGACCCUGCCGUGCUCAGGUUGUCCUGGGAAGCAUUCCUGUCUUUGCUGCCCCUGUUUGUUCUUAUUUCAUUCUUAAAUAAAUGGUGCUGAACCCCA